AUGAAGUAUCUGUGUUUAGUUCUCUGUGCCUUACUCGUUUGUUUGGCUCAAACUAAUGGGGGGCUAAUACCGGAUAACGUUCUGAACGGGUUACUGAGUGCGCCGACUAACGUGAAAAACGCCGUCGACAACGCCAUAACCUUCAAGGAUCCCGAUGAAGGUGAUGUACGGUCGUACGAGAAUCCGCCUCAGGUGCCGACCACACCGGUAGCGGUCACAGAGCCACCCACCACGACGAAACCACCCACUACGACCGUCGCUCCUGCGAGUAAAACGGCAACAGAAAAGGAUGGAAGAGAAAACUUCGCCGGCGGCUGCUCCACGGGAUUUAAGCGCACCCCAGACGGUAGAUGUAUGCCCACUAUCUAA